CACUCACACAAACAACUGAGAUACGACUUCCUGCCAAAAUUCAAGAUGAACAGUAAACCCUCACACAAGAUGAGUUCAGUGUUUAAUGAACUCCGCCUGAAUGGACACUUUUGUGACAUAAUUAUCAAAGUUGGAGAGACUGAAUUUCCGGCCCACAAGCUCAUCCUUUCAAACUGUUCCCCAUACUUCCGGGCUCUCUUCACACGAUGGUCUGAGCCAGAUCGGAAGGUCUUUCACAUACCCGGCAUCUCUGCUAAUACUAUGCAGCUCCUCCUUGACUACGCAUACACCGGUUUAUUGUCUGUCACAGAGAAAAAUGUGCGGGAAGUUAUGGUAGCUGCCGAUCAGUUUAAUGCAAUGGAUGUCAUACAGUCCUGCUGUGACUUCCUUGAGAAGACACUGAGCCCAAAAAACUGCAUCAGCAUCUGGCAGUUAACAAAAAUCUGCUUCCAGCUCACAUUGCACUCUAAGGCAUACCGAUAUAUCAUUGAGUACUUUGAGGAGGUUGUGGCCUACAGAGAAUUGUUCCAGCUCUCUGUGGAGGAGCUCAGUACAAUCAUUGAAAAAGACGACCUCAUUGUCAAAGAGGAAUUCAUUGUUUGGGAGGCUGUCUUGAAGUGGAUUCGUCAUUCUCCACAAGACCGUCAAAGACAUGUGGCUGCUCUCUUGUCUAAGGUUCGACUGGCCCUGUUGGGUAGGGACUAUAUCCGGGCCAAUCUGCUGACUAAUGACUUAAUCAGGAGCAGUACUGACUGCAUGCCCAUUAUUACCAGUGCUAUUAAAAUUGCAUCUACCAUCGACACAUACAGGCUUCCCUUUCCCGGCAUCUGUAAUGCCCUUUGCCGUCCUCGCCUGCCGAGUGCAAUCCUACUGGCUCUUGGGGGCUGGAGCGGUGGAGAUCCAACCAAUGGCAUUGAGGCUUAUGAUGUCCGGGCUGACCGCUGGAUCAACAUAACAAAUAAUCUAGAGAGUCCUCGUGCCUAUCACGGCGCUGCCUUCCUCAAUGGAUAUGUGUACUGCGUUGGUGGCUUUGAUAGAGUGGAGCAUUUCAACAGCGUGCGCAGGUUUGACCCCAGAACACACACUUGGUCUGAAGUGGCACCCAUGUACUGCCGCCGCUGCUAUGUGAGUGUAGCCGUGCUCAAUGGAUGCAUGUAUGCAAUGGGAGGCUACGAUGGACACUCAAGACUCAACACUGCAGAAUACUAUCGACCUGAAAUCAACCAGUGGAGUCAUAUUGCGUCGAUGCAUGAGCAGCGGAGCGACGCCAGUUGCACAGCCUUCAACAACAGGGUUUACAUUUGUGGUGGAUUCAAUGGACAUGAGUGCCUGCAAACAGCAGAGUACUACAGCCCAGAUACCAACCAGUGGACAAUAAUCUCCCCCAUGAACAGCCGACGCAGUGGCAUAGGAGUCAUUGCAUAUGCAGAUCGUGUCUACGCAGUUGGCGGAUUUGAUGGCACCAACCGUCUGUGCACUGCUGAGGCCUAUAACAUUCAAAAUAACACUUGGGAAAACUUGCCCUCCAUGAUGACACCCCGUAGCAACUUUGGCAUUGAAGUAAUUGAAGACAAGCUCUUUGUCGUCGGAGGCUUCAACGGCUUUACCACCACCUACAAUGUCGAGUGCUAUGAUGCCACAUUGGAUCAGUGGUCUGAGGCCUGUGACAUGUCCAUUUUCCGCAGUGCCCUGAGCUGCUGUGUGCUGUCUGGACUCCCCAACAUGACUGACUACUCUCUGAGUCGUGACGCCCUGCCACUGUUACAUUUUGAGGAGGAAAUGGAGUCAGGAGACUCCUCCUGAACAGUCUGUGGCAAUUGAGUACAAUCCACCCAUGUGCUCAACUGUAACAUUA